AUGCCAAAUAACGCCGAUGAUUUCCCUCUACUGCAACAGCCAGUUCCACUGGUGCAAGACGGAACGCAAGCAGUUGUGAGAUAUUGGCAGGAUGCAAGUCCUGAGAUUCGGAAUCUUAUCUCUAACGAGUGUAGUGUUAUUUUUGAAUGCAGGGAAUGCCGAAAUUUGUUUCGAAGUAUUGUAAAUUUUAUCAGCCAUAAGCGCGUAAUAUGCAGAUCUCUAUUAGAAAUCUCAAGGCCAUCAUCUUCAGAUGUGCAGCAAGUUAAUGAGAAAGCUACGUCUGAAUUAAACUGUUCAUCUGCAGAUCCUCAAGCUGUGUUGCUGGAUUCCACAGAACAACCGAUGAAAAAGAAAGCGUAUUUACGGAGGACAAAUAUUGUAAAUGCCAUUAGUAAGAGAGCAGAACAUUAUUCGAAGAAACUGGCUGCUAGUAAGGGGUUUCUAACUGUUACAUUAUUUAAGGACACGGUGUUCUUACAAAGGUUGCCUAGCGUCUGGAGACCAGUUCCCACAACUACUUUUCAGCACGGACAGCAGGUCUUUGUGACCGUUCCGAAGAACAUGGCCGAGAAGGAGCCUUUGUUGUCGGAUAAAGUGACUUUGAUUGUACCACAGGAUCAUUCUAUAAAAUAUAGGGAGAUGAAUCUGCGUCGGCGAGAUAAUGAUCCAAAAGUUGCCCCUGCUAGAUACGCAUUUUUUGAUGAAGUAGAGCUUGCUGAUGCUGGAUUGUUGACCUGCAUGCACAGUGAUUGCGUUGAAAAACAACCGUUUUCAUCUUUAUAUACAUUGGCUUAUCAUAUCACUGUCCGACAUAAUCGUCGGUUUUUUCCUGAGAAGAAGAACUUUUGCUUUGUUUGCGGGAGGUUUUUUGAAAGUUAUGAUAUAACUGUCGCUCAUCUAAAAAAGCAGCACAGCAAAUAUUAUGAGGAGCAUAGGUCUUUUCGUAUGGCUCCAAACGAUGAAAAGGUUGACUGCAGAAAAGCUAGAAAACGAAAAGCAAGUGAAAAGGUGCUGCCCAAUGAACACUCCGGUAGUUUGAGUCCUCUCUCUGAUUAUUCUGAAGAGUCUGACUCACCUCCUUCCCUAUGCCGAUUUGAAUAUGAAUUCAAGAAUUGCAACGCGCUGGACGCACUUGGAUAA